AUGUCUGACGACAAGUCACUGAAACAGUGGGAAGCAAAACCACAGAUAAGGGUGACUACUACUUGGGAUGAAGGUUUAGCGAAGGCUGCUAAAGCAUGGGCAAACAAGUGCAAAUUCGAACACAACUCCUGCUUAAGGGAAUCAUAUGGAUGCCAUCCGAUUUUUGAAUAUGUUGGAGAAAAUAUCUGGUUAGGAGGAUUAAGCAUAUUUACACCAAAAUUUGCUGUUGUUGCUUGGUAUAAUGAAACUGAAUAUUAUGAUUAUAGUAGUUUAUCAUGUUCUGCAAUUUGUGGCCAUUAUACACAGGUAGUUUGGGCCAAUUCAUAUAAAGUUGGUUGUGCAAUUACAAUGUGUCCUCACCUUGGGACAGCUGAAACUGCAAUAUUUGUAUGUAACUAUGGACCUACAGGAAAUAUUCGAAAUAGGCCCCCUUAUGCUAAAGGAGCAUCCUGCUCUAUGUGCGAAGAAGAAGAAACUUGCGUAAAGAAGCUCUGCCGAAAUAAGGAACUUGAUAGAUCUGAACGUACAUAUCAAAAUAUUUCAGCUUUGAUUCAAUUAUUUCCUCUCACUGAAACGAAAUUGAGCUCUUAA